AAAUUUGAUGCGUUAAUAAAGGAGGUCAUUUAGAGUUGGGGUGACACCUCGAGAUUACAACUUUCCUGUCAAUUCGCAGCAGUUGUCUUGUCUGGAAUUUUUACUCUUAAGCUUUGGCUACGAUAUUUUCGUUACAAUGGCUGGUAGAGGUGGUAAAGUCCAGAAAGUAAUGGUUCAGCCCAUUAAUUUGAUUUUCCGAUAUUUACAAAAUCGAUCACGGAUACAGAUUUGGCUCUAUGAGGAUAUCACUCACAGGAUCGAAGGAUAUAUCAUUGGUUUUGAUGAAUACAUGAACGUUGUGCUUGACGAAGCAGAAGAAGUAAAUAUGAAGACGAAAAAUCGCAAUAAGGUUGGUCGAAUCAUGUUGAAAGGUGAUAAUAUUACAUUGAUCCAAAGCAUUGGUUGAAUGAUUUCAUUGUUGUUUUGUAAUUCAUAAUUUUUAUUUUGUUUCUUGAUUACUUUGUCGUUUGUUUGCUAAACUGUUUGCAUGUUAUCUUGAACUUAUACGAGACAAUUUUAUUAUCAAAUACUUCCAAAACUUUGAUUGUUUCUAAACUAAGUGAUUGACGUUUUUUCUCUCUUAAAAUUUAAGAACAUUGUGAAGAAAAUGGAUUUUUUCGGAAUUCUGUUGGAAUUUUGACGUAUUUUCAAAAAGCCCUCAGAUAGAUUGGUUUUCAUCAAUGAGAUCUCCUGGAAAAUUGUUGUAAUGCAGUUUGAAUUAUCACCACUGAUAAAAUUUAAUGCAGUA